AAAGUGCCUCUAAAACACUAGUUCUCUCCUUCCCGUCAAGUCUUAAGAGAGAAAUAACAUUUCUUCAUCAUGAUUGGUCCAUCGAAGGCCACUCAGUUUUUGAACGCAACCUUGGCUGUGUUCCAAAAUUCACUGCUAGCAUUAAAAAAAUCUAUAUAGUCCAUAUUACGUACACUCUUAAUACAUUGGCAGUGAAUAUUGGAACAUUGAUGGCUACCUCGAUGUUCUUCUAACCUCACUUAAACACUCAGUCACAUACCGUGAUUUAGAAAAUAAAUAUGACGCAUAUUUCUCGAUUUCCUCUGCAUCCUUCAUCUGGCACAGGUAUUGUUGGACGGUUUAGGACGUCGAUACGUUUUGUUCGCUAUGGCUGCGCCAACCGACCGUUUUAUCAUAUCAUCGUAAUGAAUGUAAAACAACACCAAAAGCGACCACCGAUAGAACAACUCGGCACCUAUGAUCCUAUUCCAAAUAAGUACAGUGAGAGAUUGGUGUCAUUCAAUUUCGAAAGAAUACAAUAUUGGUUAGCCAAAGGGUCACAGAUAUCCACACCUGUAGCAGAAUUAUUAGGAGUUGCUGGAUUUUUUCCUAUUCAUCCAAGAACAUACAUGAGAGCAUGGAGAAGACGCAGGAAUGCCACUGAGAAAGCUACCCUGGAAAAUAUAUCUGAAAAACAAGCUGAAUCUGUAAAUUAAAACAUUUUCCAUAUGUUGCUUUAGUUUGGACCUAUUAGUUCUAUAUAUAUAUACAUGCGUCAAUUUUUCAUAACAGAGCAUUAUUAUCACUGCGUUUAGAAUAGGAGCGAUACUAAGAAUGCUCACAUUUUUUGUCAGUGUGCGAAAAUCAUUAUAAGCGCGUUCAGAGAACGGGGCUGUAUUUUUUUCUGAGAAGUAUAAUGAAAUUAAAAUACCUCAUAAUACAAUGUAAA